AUGGGAGUGCUUCGCAAGUUUGCCGUCGGCCUCACUGCCGUCACGGCCGGGCUAUCCGGACUCGCAGAGGCCAAGGAUUACACUCCGCAUGUGGAUCCUUUCCUCGGCACCGAGGGUCCAACCCCCGGCUCGUCGUAUCAAGGCGGGAAUGUUUUCCCCGGGCCUACACUGCCGUUUGGCGCUGUCAAGGUCGGGAUUGAUACCACGAGAUGGGACACGAGGUAUCAGGCCAACGCGGGCUACACCGUCGAGGGCAACGUGACUGCAAUUACCAUGUUGCACGUCAGCGGCACCGGCGGAGCUCCGACGUAUGGUCUGAUUCCGCAGAUGCCUCUCACGACUCUGGAGGGUGUCAAUCUGCUGGAUAACUUGACUUACAUGCAACCGAGAGUUGGUCAUGACACCGCCGAGGUUGGAUACUACAAGACUAUCCUGGAGAAUGGUGUUACUGCUGAGAUGAGCGCCAGCAUGCAUGUUGGCAUCAUCAAGUACGCGUUCCCUAGCGACGGAGGGCGUCACGUCUUGGUGGACCUGAGCCAUUACCUGCCGACUCGUGGAAAGGAGUCCCAAUGGUAUAGCAACGGCUUCCUGGAGCGUAGCGAAGAUGGCUCAACGUAUUCGGGAUACGGUGUCUACCGAGAGGGGUGGGCUCUUGGCGGCGAUUUCAAGGUCUACUUCUGUGGGAAGUUCGAUAGUGUCCCCGAGGACACCGCGUUCUUUUCCGGCAUCUACACGGAUCCCUACUGGCCAAACACAACCGACGUCCGACCUUUCUUCAACAACGGCACAUCAAUCCGCGCAGGACUCGAAGGGUACCAGUAUGCCGACCGGAUUGGUGGCCUGUUCUCAUUCCCAUCGAGUGUCUCGACUCUGACUUCCAAAGUCGGCGUCUCAUGGAUCUCAGCCGAGAAGGCGUGCCAAUUCAUCGAGGACGAAAUUCCUCACUGGAACCUGAACAAGACCGUUUCCGAGGCCAAGGCGACGUGGAACGACGAGGUGCUGUCGAAGAUAGACGUUCAGACGCAGAACGAGACGCAGUUGGAGAUGUUUUACACCGGACUUUAUCACUCGCAUUUGAUGCCAUCCGACCGCACGGGUGAGAACCCGGCCUGGCAAUCCGAGGGGCCGUACUACGAUGAUUUCUACACCCUGUGGGACACAUUCCGCUGCACGCAUGCACUUAUCUCCCUCAUCCUUCCGAGCCGACAGGUUGAUAUGAUUCGCGCCAUGAUCGAUAUCUGGCGGCACGAGCGAUUCCUCCCAGAGGGCCGCAGCCACAACCAUAACGGCCGAGUACAAGGUGGCUCCAAUUCCGACAACGUUCUCGCCGACGCCUACGUGAAGAAACUCGACAAGAACGGUUCGAUAAACUGGAAAGAUGGAUACGCUGCCGUGCGCACCAAUGCCGAGUUGCAACCCUACAACAACUUCGAUUUCAACGACCCGACCGGCAGUACCAAGGAAGGCAGAGGUGCCUUGGACGACUGGAAGAAGUACGGCUAUGUGUCUGUCAACUAUGGAAGAAGCGUGAGCAAGACCGUCGAGUAUUCUCUCAACGACUUCGCCGUUUCGCAGAUUGCCAAGGGCGAAGCGCCCGAGGAGGCCGCCAAGUAUCUGAACCGCUCGACUGGCUGGCAGAAGAUAUGGGUCAAGGACGCCACCGCCCUCAACUUCACCGGCUUCUUGGCCCCCUUGCAGCCAAACGGCACGGUUCUCGCCGGCUACAGCCCGCUCGCGUGCGGAGAGUGCAACUGGGAAGCCAUAUCGUACGAGGGAACUCCCUGGGAAUACAGCUUCACCGCGCCGCAUGACAUGUCGACUCUGAUCACUCUGAUGGGCGGUUCCGCCGAAUUCGAAAGUCGACUGGACACCAGCUUCGUCCACGGCUUGGGCGAGCAGGAACAGGGAAACAACGGGAUCGGAAGCAUGAUUUACAAUCCCGGCAACGAGCCGAGCUUCAUGACGCCCUUCCUCUACAACUACAUCGGACGUAGACAGUGGAAGAGCGUCAUGAGAAGCAAGUCCGUUGUCGACGACUACUAUCACGUCGGGGCAAGCGGCAUUCCCGGGAACGAUGACGCGGGUAGUAUGAGCAGCUGGCUUGUGUGGAACAUGCUGGGUCUGUAUCCUGUAGUGACUCAGCCGGUGUACCUCAUCUUGUCACCUCGGUUUGAGGGCAUUAGUAUUCGGCUGGGUGCUGACGGCGGCCUUUUGCGAAUGACCGCUACCGGGCUCGAGAAGGGGCCGUAUGUGCAGAGCCUUAAGGUGAAUGGAAAAGAUUGGGAUAAGAGCUGGGUUUCGCACGAUGACCUGCUCGGAGAAAAUGGCAGCGGAGGAUUGCUAGAGUUUGUCAUGGGUGCGGAUCCUCAGGAAUGGGACUCUGGUGAACUGCCACCUAGUCCGGGUUCUGCGUAA